UUUUCUGGCCAAGAACCAGUGGUGCUAGCCUGGAUGGCAAGGUGUGAGUGGCAGUGCUGGAUCCUUCGGUUGGAUCUUCUCAAAAGAUGUUUGCUCUCCGAAGCCGGCGACCUGGGUUCGAGGAAUCGAAAUACGAGGAUUAGAAGAUGGUGAGAUCCGCGAGGACGCCGCCGCCUGUGCCUACGAGCUCCACCGACGACCUCCUCCUCGCCUUCUUCCGGGCCAAGACGGUCGAGAGAACUACCACUUCCCACCGCGCAAGGAAGGUGUGGAUUCAAUUUCUCGCGGACAGACGGACGGACGGGCAAGCGGCGCCGCGAGGAAAAGCCACCGACGCCCGCGCGGCGGAGGAGUGUGGAGCGGCCUCGGCGGCGGCGGCGAUGGGGCUGCUUUCCAACUGGGUGGAGCGGUCGGAGAUCAGGCCUGGCGACCACAUCUACACAUGCAGGGCCGUCUACGCAUACACCCACCACGGUAAGUACCCUGCAGCCCCAUCCUCCCCUCCCCUGGCUGCGUCCGUUUCUCUGAAUUCUAAUCUCUGA